GCAAAUUUUUUUUAAUAUUACUCUUAAUAACCAUCAACAACAAUGGAUCAAGUGAAGAAAAAUCCAAUCGACCCUAAAGACAAAGUAUUUUAAUUAAGAGGUUCUGCAAAACCAAGAACAUCAUUCUUCGUUUCCAAGAUCUUUUUGAAGAAAUUUGAUGAAGUAGAAAUUCAUGCUCUUGGAGAUGCCAUAUCAGGAGCUGUCAGAUGUGCUGAAACUCUUUAGAGAUAGGGUCUUGCUACAAUCCAAAAAAUUGAAACCUUAACAUAGACAUUAGAAAGAGGAUAAAAGGUCAAAAUUAUAGUAUCCCUCAGAGUUACACCAGAUGGAAAGAGAAGAAUUAAUGAAGAAAUCAAAUAAUGAGUUUGAUUUUCAUUAAAAUAUUAAAAAAAAAUACAUAUCAAAUAUUCAUCAUAUA